CUCUUUUCCGAUUCCUCUCAAUCUCUCUUUCUUCUUCUUUUUCUCUCGCUCCAAAUUCCAUGUCUGUGUCUCUUUCCUCCUCCGCCGUAUAAUUCGCCGGAAAAAUUAUCUCCCUUUGAUUUUCGAACACCUCCGCGAACUAUGCGCUUCUUUUGCCCUUAUCCUCCAACUACUUGUCGGAUCUGCAAUUCUUCUUGUCAAUUCCCAACCCUAAUCGGAGCUAAUCACACCUCUGCUCGUUUCUCUUCUCGUUAGUCUCUGCUCCAUCUCCUCCUCAGAUUUAGGGAUAUUUGCUUCCAAUUUAACAAACAAACCAAGAGCUAUUCUUUCGUUCUUUAUUCUCUCCGUCUUGUAAAGUAGUUUUAGCAGUGAGAUACAUACAAAUGGAGACUUCCAUGGGGAAACCCAGCUUCUUACGGAAUAUAAUGGUUCGCGUGCUUCUCUUUGGUGUUCUUAUCAUCGUUGUGAGAUUUGCUUAUGUUGUCACCAUCACCGGUGAAUCAUGCAAUCGCGGCGACUUCUGCUUCUUCUCUCUCCCUGAGAAUCUCAACUUUGUCAUCUCCGGUGCUGCCUCCGGCUCUUCUGCUAUCGACGCCAUCAGAUCUACUUCCCCUGGGGAUGAUCUCUACACCACCAGGGAUUGGAUCAAAUCCGUUCAGUUUUACUCCUCCAUCUUCCAGGAUCUGAUCGCCGACGGUUAUCUAUCGCCUGAAUCGAAGACGCUUUGUGUAGAGACGGCGAUUGGACAAGAGGUUCACUCGCUCAGAGAGAUUGGGGUGAAGAACUCCGUCGGGAUCUCUAAGAAAGCUUCUAGGCCGUUGGUGGUUAGAGGCGAGGGACAUGCUAUUCCCUUUGAGGAUAACGCUUUCGAUUUUGUAUUCUCCGGUGGUGACCGCCUUGGGAAGUCGUUGAAGCAGUUGGAAUUCGCCGAUGAGAUUACUCGAACACUGAAACCCGAAGGGUUUGCGGUGGUUCAUGUUGGGGCUACAGAUACGUACAGUUUCAAUUCAUUCCUUGAUUUGUUUAAUUCUUGCAGAUUGGUGAAGAUGCGUGAUAUCGAUGGUUUUGAUCCUUCGAUGCCUCAUAUCAGAGAAUUUGUUAUUCAGAAAUACUCAGAGAUUGAUGGUGGUGGUCAUCACCACCGUGGUGGUGGUGAUUCUGGUGGAAAGUGCUGGAUUCCGGGUUACAAAAGAGAUUUGAUUCGGGAUGCAGAGCCACUGAUUCAAGAGGAGCCUCUUAAGCCAUGGAUUACACUUAAGAGGAACAUCAAGAAUAUUAAAUAUGUGCCUUCUAUGGUUGAUAUACGUUUCAAGAGUAGAUACGUUUACGUUGAUGUUGGUGCUAGAAGUUAUGGAUCCAGUAUUGGGAGUUGGUUCAAGAAAGAGUACCCUAAGCAGAACAAAACUUUUGAUGUUUUCGCCAUUGAGGCUGACAAAGCCUUUCACGAAGAGUAUAAGAUAAAGAAGAAGGUGAACCUGUUGCCAUACGCAGCGUGGGUGAGGAACGAGACGUUAUCGUUUGAGAUCAAUCACGAUCCGGGAAAGGAAGUGGAAGCCAAAGCAAAGGGCAGGGGGAUGGGCAGAAUCCAGCCGGUUAAAAAGUCUGACUCGAGUGACUUAGCUGGAGAGGUGAAUUUGAUUCAAGGGUUUGAUUUCGCUGACUGGUUGAAGAAGAGUGUGAGAGAGAGGGACUUUGUUGUGAUGAAGAUGGAUGUUGAAGGAACCGAAUUCGAUCUGAUCCCGAGGCUAAUCAAGACAGGAGCGAUUUGUCUAAUAGAUGAGUUGUUCCUUGAAUGCCAUUACAACAGGUGGCAGAGAUGUUGUCCUGGUCAAAGGAGCCAAAAGUACAACAAGACUUAUAACCAAUGCUUAGAGCUCUUCAAUUCGCUCAGACAAAGAGGGGUGCUUGUCCAUCAAUGGUGGUAAUGGUUAGGAUGCUGCAUAAAAGUCUCCUUCUUCUAUGCAUUUGGUGAAAAAUGUACUUUCUUCUUCUAGAAUAUAUAAAGCGGGAUAUUGUAGGUUUCUAUUAAAAAUACGUUGUCUGUGCUGAAAUUCCCUUUUACUGUAAGAAAAAAGAAGUUUAGCUUUAAAUGGAAAUUUGAGUUUCUUUUACGCUCGCAACUG